GUUCGCCGAUUGUUUCAACAAUUGCAACCGCUGGCCUGCACUCUAUUGUUGGCUGUUGUUGUGCAUUGUUGUCGCAAUUGUUUCGAGUGCAGUGUUAUUGUUUUUUGUUGUUUAAUAUUUGUUUUGUGUUAACCGAAACCACGCAAGCGAUGAUCCGGAGUAUCUGACCCGACAAGACAAAGAAGACAAAUCAUUCGAACACCACGAUCGAUCUCAAAACGAAACCAACUCAGGAACCAAACCCCAAAUACGUAAAUGCGAAAGAGAUAGCGCCCAGUGCUAAACGCACAGCCGUAGUGUGCGCGGACCUUAAUGUGGUGUAGCUCAACGGCUUAACCAUUGGCGUAGAGAUUGCCCCUUCACUUUGCCCAAUGGGGGGCGACACCUCCCCGGAGCAGCAGUACUCGCUGCGAUGGAACGACUUCCAUUCGAGCAUUUUGUCGUCCUUCCGACACCUGCGUGACGAAGAGGAUUUCGUGGAUGUGACCUUGGCGUGCGACGGUUGUUCCUUCAAGGCCCACAAGGUGGUGCUGUCCGCUUGCAGUCCCUACUUCAGGAGGUUGCUGAAGGCCAACCCCUGUAAACACCCCAUCGUUAUACUUAGGGAUGUGCGACAGAAGGAUAUGGAGAACUUAUUAAGGUUUAUGUAUAAUGGAGAAGUACACAUAGGACAAGAACAUUUAACGGAUUUUUUAAAGACUGCACAAAUGUUACAAGUGAGGGGACUAGCAGACGUACCUGCAGGAGCCGCUGGACAAAGACUGACGACUGCCCCCGAGCAAAAGAUCUCACCUAAUUCAUCGUCUCUACCUUGGGCGACGGACCGUCCGGAAACUCGGGAGGACGGCUUAUCGUCGCCCCCGGCCAAGAGGGCCAGGAGUUCGGAGCGCGGCAGUUUCACCCCGGACAGGGGGAGGAGCCCCUCCAGGGGGAACGGAGACAUGCAGGAGUCGCUCCUAGGACAGGCCCUGGAGGGCGGCCCCACAAUACUCACGAAGGAGAAAGGCAAUUCAGAUUCGUCGAUACAAGCCCAAUCGACGGGAGAAGAUAGCAAUAGCAGCGACACAGCCAUAAGCGAACACGUCGAUGAACCUGUAACCCCAAAGACUGAACCCUCCGACUACCCCAUGUUAGACGAUCAUCACCCGUUUAGCACCAACGGCGGCAUCAUGGACCCGUCGAGGACGCCCGGGGGCUUCCCAGGGGCGCUAUUAGGACUGCAAGGACUGGGUGGACUGAUGCCGGGCCCGUCAGGAAUGCACAACAGUGACAAUUUCGUUUCAAGGAGGUCCUUAGACAUGAUGAGGGUAAGGGCAACGGAUCCGAGGCCAUGCCCAAAGUGUGGGAAAAUCUAUAGAUCAGCACAUACCCUAAGGACACACUUGGAGGAUAAACACACGAUAUGUCCUGGUUAUAGAUGUGUCUUGUGUGGAACAGUGGCAAAAUCAAGAAAUUCGCUGCACUCACACAUGUCCAGGCAACACAGAGGAAUAAGCACGAAGGACUUGCCCGUACUGCCCAUGCCAGCUCCAUUUGACCCGGAACUUGCCAGCAGGUUACUGGCCAAAGCUGGGGUAAAAAUAAGUCCGGCAGAACUCAGAGCGAGAGCUUCGCCAACGGGCCCUCGACGAUCCGACGUGAAAUUGGACGCAAAGAGUGCUUACUCUGGAGCAGCAUCGGAAGCCGGCAGCUCGAUAUGUGGAGAUAAUGACCCUGAAGACUUAACGGUCUCUCAUCCCAGGUACGGUGGUUUAGAUUUUGGUAUGUCCCCGCCAAUCAAUCAACAAAAUAAUUUUAAAAUGAACAGGUUCAAUGCGUCAGGCCAGGCGGUGGCUGCAAAAAGCAUAGAUUCCCUGCAAAACCUGUCAAAAGAACCUUAUCCGGCACCGCUGGCACCACCCGUGUCUGGGGCAAACUCCACCGGAUCUGCCAUAUUAGACACUUACUUGCAGUUUAUAACUGAAAACAGCCUAGGGAUGGGCAUGAUGACCUCCGAACAAGCUGCUGCGGCCAUGCAAGCCGCAAAACUAGCCCAGUUGAAUGCGAUGGGUCUGGACAAAGCGUCACAACAGCACUUUUUGGAAAAGAUGCAGCAGCAAAUGCAGAACGCAAACGAUUUAAUGAUGAAGCGAAGCGACGAAAUAAGGCGAGGAGAAGCAGAGAUGGUUAACCACGAGAGACACAGUCAAGACAAAGACCACGAUGAGGCGGAAACCUCUGCCGACGAAGAACAGGACUACAGUGAAGAUGAACUUGAGCCAGAGCCUGUCAAGGCAGGUGGUGAACAGUGUACAUAGGAUGGAAAGUUAGAUUAAGUCAGAUCGGUCGCCGCGUUACUUGCCAUAAAUCACCAUGUACUCAUUUUAUUCCAUCCAACUACCUCAGUUUGUAUCUCAUCAUAGUAUAUUUAUUGAAACAUUUUCUUUCCUUUUCAUAUAUUUAGUUUAGGACUAUUUCGCUUUAGUCUGAACUAAUAACUAAAAUAAUUCCAUCCGUCUACCUCAAACUUAUAUAAUAUAUAGUUAAAGAGUGCAAGAUAAUAAGGGUUUAAAAGUGUAUACGGUAAUUAGUAAUAAUUAGAAAAGAUAUUAUAUUGGACUUCGUUGCAGUUAUAAAAUAACUAAAAAAAUUGAUGUUUCCAGUAAGCUGUUGUGUAGGAUUGUACUGCCUCUAGAGAUUUAAUAUUGUGCCAGGAUGAGUGUUUUUCAAAUGCCAGUGAUUUAGAUUAGCAAACUUGUAUAUGUUUCGCAACGGGUCUGAUAGAAAUGGUCUUGAUUUACAACCAGAAAUUUUACCACGACUUCAAAUCGUUACUCAGAAUUAACAAUAUAUACAACAUUAGAUGAAAUCUUAAUAAAUAUUCAUAUUAAUUAACUUACAAUCUUUCGUAUGUUAUUAUUAUGCAUAAAAUAAAAUCAUUACUUUACGUGUUUAUAGCAGAACAGCUUGUAAACAUUGAAAUGGUCAUAUUUUUAUAAAAUAUGGGACGGUAAUCAUUACUUUACGUGUUUAUAGCAGAAUAGCUUGUAAACAUUGAAAUGGUCAUAUUUUUAUAAAGUAUGGGACCCCUACCAAUUUUUAAGAGAUGAUUUCUAGGUCUACAAAGAUAGCUUUUAUUAUGAACAAAUUUUGAACAAAAUUUGCGAAAUAAUCAAAAAUGAUUGCAAAUAUAUGUACAAAAUAUUUUUUCCCAU